AUGCAUGCUUCGCUGUCCUCGCGUACACUCUAUCCCCGAUACAAACCACACGACACCCUCAAGGCGUCCAACCUUUCGUCCCUUCAAACUCGAACCCUUUUCGCAAACAGUUCACGAAAAACGUCCCUCCGCCUCCACCUCCUGUCCCCUUCCCCCGCGCUCGUCACCGCACAAGCGGGGAGAGGCUUCGGAAAGAAGCCGGCGGCCGGCAGUAAGACCAAGCCGGCCGGCAGCAGCGCCGGCAGCAGCAAACUGCUGGAUGAGCUUGGCGCCGCCGGAGCGUCAGGAAUUGCGCCUGCGGGAAAAGCGGCGGGGGCGGGGGCGGAGGCGGCGGAAGCGGCGGUGUGUCCGUGCGGGGGCGGGGGGGAGGGGGAGAAGCGCGCAUACAAGGAGUGCUGCGCGCGGUACCAUGGAGGGGUGAAGGAACCAGACGCCGUGUCUCUCAUGAAGGCACGCUAUUCAGCUUUCGCCAGGGGUGUGAUUCCCUACAUCGUGCGCACAACACACGAGGAGAACCCCAACAUGGCACCCGGCGGAGCAGAGGGGCGCAAGAAGCUGACUGCUGAUUGCGAGGAGACGUGCAAGCGGCUGGUCUUCAAACGCCUCGAGAUUCUUUCCACUGAGGAAGGGGAAAAUGAUGAUGAGUCUUUCGUCUCGUUCCGAGCAGUCUACGCCUACAAGCACGGCACGACCACCGACAACCAGAUCCUAGUCGAAAAAUCCCGCUUUGUGCGUGACCCAGACUCUGGCCGGUGGCUGUACCGCGAGAAGAUUCCCCUGGAUGCGGCGUCAGAGGCAGCGUGGAGGCUGGGUCCCGCUUUGGUAGAGCAGGAGCAGCAGGCGGGGGGGAGGAAGUCGUAUGUCAUGCGAGGGGCAGCACAGCCAAAGCUACGGCCCAGGUCCAGUUAG